AUGCGCGUCAGAGGGUGCUCCUCCGUGUGGUGGCGGUGGCUAAAGGCAGCAGCUGUUGCUGCUGCUGCUGCAGCAGCAGGCGCGGGUUUGCUGCUGCUGAUUGCUACCUCCAUUGUGCCUCUCCACAAGGCCCGCAGCAGGCCCAGCAGCAGCUACUUUGCUGCUUGCUUCGGCGUGUCUGUUGCCAUGGAGAAGGUGCACUACGGCUUAAUUCAGGUGAUGCCUCUUUUGGCUAUGAAGCAAUUCUACUUGCUGCCCUCUCCAGAAGCAGCAGCAGCAAAAGAGCCAGCAGCAGCAGCAGCAGGGGAGGCAGCAGCAGCAGCAGCAGGGGAGCCAGCAGCAGCAGCAGCAGGGGAGGAGCCAGCAGCAGCAGCAGGGGAUUCGGAAGCAGAAGCAGAAGGGGAGCCGGGGGAAGCAGCGGGGGACGCAGCAGCAGCAGCAGCGGAGAAGUCGGCAAGAGCAGCAGCAGCAGCAGCAGCAGCAGCAGCAGCAGCAGCGCAGCAGAGGGCGAAGACCGGCAGGCGCAUAGGCCUGUCUUCGUUUCCCCUUUCUUACAUAACUUCGAACGCGGAGCUGCUGCGGCUGACUCCGCAGCAAGCAGCAGCAGUUGCUGCUGCUUCUCUGGACCCUGCUGCUGCUGCAGACGCAGCAGCAGAGGCAGCAGCAGCAGCAGCAGAAGCGGACGCGCGAGCCGCAGCCGCCGCAGCAGCAGACACAGUGCUGCUGGAAGAGCUCGGAGCCCUCUCCCCCCCCGAGCCACCUGCAGCAGCAGCAGCAGCAGCAGCAGCAGCAGCAGCAGGCGCUGCAGCAGCGCCGGGCUCCCCCUCCUCCUCCCCCCCAGCAGCAGCAGCAGCAGCAGCAGCAGCAGCAGCAGCAGCAGCAGCAGCAGGAAGCUGCGACGUGCAUCUGCUGCUGUUUGUGCACGGCCACCGGGGCUCUUGGACUUCCUUUUUCCCCUUGGCAGAAGCAGCAGCAAUUAGCGGCUUGUGGGGCGGCAGCAAACUGUACAGACAGCCUGCUGCUGCUGCUCCGCUGCCGCAGCAGCUGCUGCCGCAGACACAGGGGCCUCUCCGCUGGCACAGUUUUGCUGUUGACUUCAACGAGGAAGCCACGGCACUCCACCCCCUCCUCGUCGACCAGCAGGCGGAGUUUAUCCUGCGGAGUCUGCAGCAGCUGCUGCAGCUGUAUGCUGCUGCUGGGCAGCAAAUAUGCCACUUGGCCGUGGUGGCGCACUCCUUGGGGGGCCUCUCCGUGCUGCGGGCUGUGUCGCUGCAGCAGCAGCAGCGGCGGGGGGGCCCCCCCCAAGUGGACUUGGGGGCCCUCCCGCUGCUGUCUCUUUUCUUUAUUAAUUCUCCCUUAAGUGGCCACCAGCUGCUGCAGCAGCUGCCGAGUUUCCAGUUCAUGUACGGGCAGGUGCAUGCAGACUUUCCCGCGGCCCUGGGCCUCGCCCCCCCGCAGCAGCAGCAGCAGCAGCAGCAGCAGCAGCAGCAGCAGCGGGCGCUGCUGCUGCCGCGCACUGUGGGGCUCUUCAGCUUCUCCUCUGGAGUCCACGACAUUCUCGUCCACGAGUCUGUCGCGAGCUUUCCUGUCGAUACACCUGAGCUGGCCCCACACUUUUUGUGGGGCCGCUCCAAGCUCCGCAGGGCCAGGGCCCGGCUGCAGCAGCAGCAGCAGCAGCUGCAGCAGCAGCAGCAGCAGCUGCAGCAGCAGCUGCAGCUGCUGCAGCAGCACCGCGCGCGCCGCCGCCAGCUCCACAACACUGCACGCAGCCCCCCCGCCGCCUCGACCAGCAGCAGCGACACCCCCAGCAGCAGCACCAGCAGCACCCCCACCAGCAGCAGCAGCAGCAGCAGCAGCAGCAGCAGCAGCGCGGAGUGCGCGGGGCCGACUGGCUUGCUGCGCUGCGGGCUGCUGUCGCCAGCAGUUUUUUACCAGCGGGUUUCGCUGCCGCUGGCUUCAGGUGUACAUACACCUUCUUGCCACGAAUGUCCUCUUUUGUCUCCGCCGGAAAUAAAGCUGCUGGUGCAGCUGCUGCAUGCGCAGGCCACUUUGGCGCAGCAGCUGCAGCCUGCUGCUGCGCAGCUGCGGGCCUUUGUGCAGCAGCAGCAGCAGCCGCAGCAGCAGCAGCAGCAGCAGCAGGAGCCGCAGCAGCAGCAGCAGGAGCUGCAGCAGGAGCCGCAGCAGCAGCAGGCCGCGCUGCAGCAGCAGCAGCAGCAGCUGCAGCAGCAGCAGCAGCAGCUGCAGCAGCAGCUGCACGCAGUGGAGGCCGCGCUGGCCUCUGGUGCUGCUGUGCUGCAGUUCCUGCGGCUGCGGGUCCGCCCCAUAGUAGAGUCCAGUUUGCUGCUGCUGCACCCCGCGUGGCAGCUGACGGAGCAGCAGCAAGCGCUGGCCUUAGUUGCUGCUGCAGUGGACUCGGAGGUGCAGCAGCGGCUGCUGUCCCCCUUCCAAGCAGUAGUAGCAGCAGCAGCAGCAGCAGCAGCAGGGGGGCGCCGCGGGGGCCCCCACAGACGCAGGGGGGCCCCCCGGGAGGCCCUAGAGGCCCUGACGCGGCUGGGCAGCUGCAGCAGCUGCAGCAAACGGGAAGUUUGCUGCUUCCAAAGGGGGAUGCUGGAAAUACAGUUCCAGGCGCACAAGGGAGCAGCAGCAGCAGCAGCUACUGCUGCUGCUGCUGCUGCGCCCGCUGCUGCUGUUGCUGCUGAGGAAGAGGACGAGGUUGCACUCUGCUGGGAAGCAGCAGCAGAUCUGCUGCUGCAGCAGCAGCGGGCCCCCCUGGCGCUCCCGCUGCUGCAGCAGCACGUGCUGCGGCUGAGGUACGGCCUAGUGACCGACGAAGACACAGUAGAAGCAGCAGCAACAGAGGCCCACAUGCAGCAGCAGCAGCAGCAGCAGCAGCAGCAGCAGCACCUCCCAAGCUCCCUCGUUCGGGCCAAGCUGCUCGCUAUGCUGCCGGUCUCCCCCGACCGUUUGCUGCCGCUGCCGCUGGAGACGCAGCGUUUGCUGCACGAGGCCUUGCGAGCCUCAGCAUGCAGCAGCAGCAGCAGCAGCAGCAGCAGCAGCAGCAGCAGCAGCAGCGAAGCAAACGACAGCUGCAUAGAGGAAGCUCUGAAUGAGGGCAGCAGCAAGUCUUGGGGGCCGUUUACGCUCUAUCCCAUAGACUUGCAGCCCCUGCUGCUGCAGACAGGUCCACAGCCGCCGCCAGAAUCAGCAGCAGCAGCAGCAGCAGAUGCGACGCCGCAGCAGCAGCAGCAGCAGCAGCAGCAGCAGCGGGUCAGGCCACCACCCCUGCCGCUGGUGACGCUGCAGCCGCAGGGGCUUCCUUUCAGUCGAAACUUUUUCAGCGAUUUCUUUGACGGCCGCAACACGAGGCCUUGUGAUUUGCGGCCAUUGGCGCAGCAGCAGCAGCAGCAGCAGCAGCAGCAGCAGCGGCAACUCCAGAGGCUGAAGCAGAUGCACCUGCACGCGGCACUUCUGGAGCAUAUUGCUGCUGUGGCCGGAGAGAAGGCUGCAGCGCUGAGCAGCAGCAGCAGCGGGGACGAAGCAGAAGCGGCUGCCACAGCUGCUGCUGCUGCUGCUGCUGCUGCUGCUGCUGCUGCUGCCGCUGCGCAGGCACAGACAGCUGGCAAGCGCAGCGAGUUCCUCCCGCGAGGGCUGCUGCUGCUGGCCGUGGAGCACCCAGCAGCAGAAGACCUGACGCAGCUGGCGCUGCAGCAGCAGCAGCAGCAGCAGCAGCAGACGCAGAAGCCUGCUGCUUCUUCAGGCCCAGCAGCUGCGGACUUCGGGCUGGAUGAGUGCAGCAACCCCGAGCUGCUGGAGCGGGUGCUGCGGAAGCUGGAAGCAGGCGCUGCAGCGACAGCAGCAGCAGCAACAGCAGCAGCAGCAACAGCAGCAGCAGCAACAGUGGGCGGCCGCCUCUUUUGCUUCUUCGCCCUGCAGCCAGACAUUCAGACGGGCCAUCCGCUGCACAGCUGCGGCUGGACCUUCAACGGAGGUGGCGCCGUUUUGGCUUCUGUUGCUGCGUCUCAGCAGCAGCAAGAGCAGCAGCAAAAGCAGCAGCAGCAGCAGCAGCAGCAGCAGCAGCAGCAGCAGCAGCAGCGGAGGUGGGUGCCGCGGGCGUUUCUCCUGGGCGUGGAUGUUGGCUAUUUGGGUUCCCUCGAGAUCCCGUCUUACGACAACGGCUUUGCUGCGUGGGCAGCGGCUUCCGAGCAGCAGCAGCAACAGCAGCAGCAGCAGCAGCAGCAGCAGCAGCAGCAGCAGCAGCUGCAGCCAGUGCGGAACCCCCUCGCAGGCCCCUUGCUGCAGUUCGACAGCGCCUGGCUCGAAUGGCUGGGAAGUGCGGCGCUGCCGCUGCGCGUUUUGCUGUCGCUGUUUUGGCCGCUGCGGGCGCGGCUGCCGCUGCUGCCCCACAGCCUCAGCAGCAGCAGCAGCAGCAGCAGCAGCAGCAGCAGCAGCAGGAAGAGCGGCGCUGCUGCUGCUGCCUACACCGGCAAAGUCGGCGUGCCCCGCCCGCUGUGGCUGCCCUUCAGCGAGCAGUGGGGCCACUUCAUGGCCUACGACAUCAGCGUGAAGCUCAGCCCCGUGCAGCAGCCUCCCAGCAGCAGCAGCAGCAGCAGCAGCAGCAGCAGCAGCAGCAGCAGCAGCAGCGGGCAUCCGUGGUGGCUUCCGACGUUUGCUGCUCCCGACUUCGUGUGGCUGCUGGCCUGGCCCUCCACGUCUGACGGGGGCGUGGCCCUGAGCCGCGUGGCAGUCAACAAGAGGCCAGCGCUGGCAGCAGCAGCAGCAGCAGCUGCAGCAGCAGCAGCUGCUGCUGCCGACGCAGCUGCUGCUGCUGCUGCUGAGAAAGCCCCCUCCGGCCUGCAGCUGCUGUGGCAGCUGCUGGGGGUGCCCGCCAGCAGCUCGGCGCAGCUGCAGGGCCUGCUUGCUGCUGGGGAAGUGCAGGCGGAGGCGCUUUUCAAGCAGCAGCAGCAGCAGCAGCAGCAGCAGCAGCAGCAGCAGCAGUCCUGGAUGGCCCGCUGGUUCGGCCUCCGGGACAGCGAAAGGUCCAGCAGCAUAAUGGCGCUGCGGAGGCCUCCUGCUGCUGCUUCCUCCAGUUUGCUGCUGCCGCCUCCAGGGCUGCCGCUGCGGACUCCUUCGAGGCGCUUCCGGCCUCAUUUGCUGCCGCCAAUGCAAGGCCCUGCUGCUGCUGCUGCUGCUGCUGCUGCUGCUGCUGCUGCUGACGCGCCGGCGGGGUCUGCAGCGGGCGCCUGGAAGGCGCCGCCGGAGCCCUCAGCCGCCGGCGUGGCAGCAGCGGUGACGGCAGCAGCAGCAGCAGCAGCAGGAGCUGCUGCUGCUGCUGCGGAGCCGCUAAUGGCUGUGCAGCAGCAGCUGCACGAGGCGCAGCUGGCGCUGCUGCGGGCGGAGCGGCAGCUGGCGCAGCAGCAGCAGACGCACAUGCCGCUGCUGCUGCUGCAGGACCCCGAGCCGCAGGUCCCCGCCGCCGCCUACAGCAGCAGCAGCAGCAGCAGCAGCAGCAGCAGCAGCAGCAGCAGCGAAGUGCCUUACGAGUUUGUGGUGGAAGCAAAGGUGAACUUUCUGGCUCUCUGCCGCUCUCUUUUUGUUGUUCAUUUUACAAUUUUCUUUUGGGGAGUUGCUGCCAGUGCUGCGCUGCUGUUUGGCCUGACCUGCCUCUUUCUGCUGCUGAAGUUCCGGCAGCAGCAGAAGCAGCAGCAGCAGCAGCAGCAGGAGCAGCAGCAGGAGCAGCAGCAGCAGCAGCAGCAGCAGCAGCAGGAGCAGCAGCAGCAGCAGCCGCCGCCGGAGGAGGGCAGCGGAGCCGGGACAGCAGAGGGCGGCUGGGAGAAGCGCCUUGAGAAGCUGCUGCUGCUGCUGCUGCUGCUGCUGCGGCGUUGGGGCCGCGCUGCUGCUCGCUUGGGCGCUCGGUGGAGUGCAGCAGCAGCAGCAGCAACAGCAGCAGCAGCAGACACUCUGAAGCAGCCCUCGUCUUAUCCCUUCAGCGUCUUCUGGGGCAGCCGCGGAGGCCUUGCAUACUAUUUGCUGUUCUUGUGUCUCAGCUGCGCGCUUUGCUGCUGCUGCCAGCAGCAGCAGCUGCAGCAGCUGCCGCUGCUGGGGCCCCUGAUAUUCUCGCCGACUCCGCCCACGGCCUUCGUGCCGCUGCCGCUGCCGCUGCUGCUGCAGCUGCUGCUGCUGCUGAGCUCUUCUGUCGUGCUGCUGCUGGUGCUGCGCGUGUUCUUGCUGCUGCUGCUCUGCGCGCAGCACCUGAAGCUGCCCUUCAGGGGCCCGCGGCGACGAGCAGCAGCAGCUGCUGCUGCUGCUGCUGCUGCUGCAGCAAGAGCUGCGGGCUCUUUGCUGCGCCUUUUCGGCGAGUGGCGCCGCUGCAGCAAAUAUGCCCGGAGGCGGCGGUUUGCGCCUCUGUCUUUGCGUCCCGGGCGUGCUGCUGUUGUUGCUGCUGCACCAGCAGCAGCAGCAGCAGCAGAAGCAGCAGAAGCAGCAGCAGCAGACGAGGAAGAGCCAGAUGCACUGCUGCGGCCCGCGUCUGCUGUCCUCAACCUUUCUGCUGUCGCCCUUCCAGACACGCCAGCGCGAGCAGCAGCAGCAGCAGCAGCAGCAGCAGCAGCAGGACGUGGCGCUGCUGCUGCAGAAGAUUCCGAUGCUGCUGUUGCUCUCAGCAGCAGCAGCAACCCCAGGGGAGGCAGCUGCACUUUGCUGCUGCACCCUCCGCGCAGCAGCAGCAGCUUCAGCAGCAACUCAGAAAGCUCGAGGAGGGCUGCCCCGCACCCGCGAGCAGCAGUUCGUGCAGCAGCAGCAGCAGCAGCAACAGCAGCAGCAGCAGGAACGGCACCAACAACUGCAGCAACAGCAGCAGCAAGCGUGUCAGACUCGGAAUGCACAGACCGCACGCCAGCAGCAGAAGCAAAGCAAGAAGCAGCAGCAGCAGCAGCAGCAAGGCCUCGGGGCCGCCUGGGAAAGACUUGCGGCAGCAGCUGGUGCAGCAGCUGCCAGCUAACGCGUGCUGCUGCUGCAGUGCUGCUGCUUGCUGCUGCUCUCAUUCCUUACCACUUGGUGCUGCUGCUGGUGCCUUUCACUUUAGGGCUGUUCUUCUUCGAGCAGGGCUCUGCUGCAGUUGCUGCUGCGAAGCCGCGGUGCAGCUACCACUCCAGCAGCAGCAGCUGCUGCCGCCGCCGCAGCAGCAGCAGCAGCAGCAGCAGCAGCAGCAGCAGCACGCGGGGCCAAAGGGGGCCCUGCGUGGCCGCGUGGGCAGCGGGGGAGUACCGCCAGAGCUGCGUUGCUGCGGCUUACGUGCAGCCGCUGCUGCUGCUGCUGCUGCUGCUGCUGUGCAGCGGCUUUGCUGUGCUGCGGCUGCUGCAGCUGCACACCAAAACUGAGGAAGGCAAAAGCCUCAUUGCUGCAGCAGAUGGCACUGUGGCCCACCUGCUGGCAGACUCCGCCUUAGCAGCACCGGAGCUGCAGGACUCGCUGCUGCUGGCUUGGGGUCGACAGCAGCAGCAACGCAGCUGCAGCAGGCUGCAGCAGCGACGGCAGCAACGACUGCAGCAGCACGCGCUGCAGCGACGGGCCCAGCAGCAGCAGAGCACUCAGGGCCUGGGCAGACAGCAGCAGCCGCCUGCACCGGCAGCAGCAGCACAAACGCUGCUGCAGCAGCAGCAUCUGCUGCUGCUGCUGCUUCUGCAGCUGCACACAGCGCUUGGCUGGGCGGAGGCGGCAGCCCCUGCUGCUGCUGCUGCUGCUGCUGCUGUUGCAGCAGCAGCAGCGGCAGGAGAGGAACUCGCCGUGCGGCUGCUGCGCCGCAAAGACGAGACUGUGCGGCCCCAAGACUCCAGCACGCGACGCACCAGUUGCUGCAGCAGCAGCAGCAGCAGCAGCAGCAGCAGCACGAGGCACUGCAGCGGUGGCAGCAACGUGCUGCAGCCAGCUGAGAAGCAGAAACACCCUAUUGACGCACAGCAGCAGCAACAGCAGCAGCACCUACAGCAACAGCAGCAGCAACUGCAGCAGCAACUGCAGCAGCAAUCUCAGCAGCAGCAGCAACAGCAGCAGCAGCAACAGCAGCAGCAGCAACAGCAGCAGCAGCAACAGCAGCAGCAGCAACAGCAGCAACAGCAGCAACCGCAGGCACAUCAGCAGCUCAAAGGCCGAUUAGAGAAGCAAAGACAGCCAACACACGCAAGCAACGCCUUAGCAGUGGCAGCACCGUCAGCAGCAGCGGCAGCAACACCAGCAGCAACAGCAGCAGCAGCAGCAAUGCCAGCAGCAGCAGCAGCAGCAGCAGCAGCAAAAGCCUCACCACAUCGAGCAGCUCCCUUGUGGCGCCGUGGUAAGCAGCAAUGUAAGAAAAAACGGCCUUGCAGAGAGGGCAGGAUGUCUCCCGCUGCGCCCACACCUGCGCAGCAGCAGCAGCAGCAGCAGCAGCAGCAGCAGCAACAGCAGCAGCAGCACAGCAGCAGCGGCACUUGGAGAGGAAGCAAACUGAACAGCAGGAGCGCAGGCAAGGAAGCUGGGCAGUGGCAAGCUCGGCUGCAGCUGCUGCAGCAGCAGCUGCAGCAAGGGCACGCCAGCAGCAGCUGUUCAGACCAGCCGCAGCAACACCUGCAGCAGCAGCAGCAGCAGCAGCAGCAGCAGCAGCAGCAGCAGCAGCGGUUGGCCAUACCUGGAUGCAGCGCAGAUGGAAGCAGUGGCUGCAUGCGUCUAUACGUGCGAGGGGCGGGGGCGGUGUGGGGCUCCCGGGGCUCUCUUUUGCUGCUGCAGCAGCAGCAGCAGCAGCAGCAGCACCUUUUCCCUGCUGCUGCCCGCAGCUGUUUGCUGCUGCAGAGCCAGGCGCUUCGCUAUGCGCCAUCCCCACUGGCUCUUCUGCGUCGGCCCCCGGCAGCAGCCCGUCCAGGCAGCAGCCUGCAGCAGCAGCAGCAGCAGCAGCAGCAGCAGCAGCAGCAGCAGCAGCAGCAGCGAGAGCAAUAUCAGCAGCAGCACGGCUAUGCAGCAGCAAACGCGCGAACAAAGUGCCCAGCAGCAGCAGCACCCCCUGAGCCCAACCCCAAGCACCAGCGGCCCCCAGCAGCAUCCACCUGCACGCGUCUGCUGCUGCUGCUGCUGCUGCUGCUGCUGCUGCUGCUGCUGCUGCUGCUGCUGCUGCUGCGCGUACCGCAAGAAAGCUCCUGCAGCUCCUGCUCUGUUGCUGCGAAGCAGCCAAACUUCUGCCGCAAAGCUUCUGCGCCUCUCAGCUUCCUUUCCCUGCGGAGAGGAGCAGCAGCAGGGGCCCCCCUGCGGCCUGAGGCCUGGCUGCUGCUGCUGCUGCUGCUGCUGCUGCUGCUGCUGCUGCUGGUGUUGCUGUCGCCCUCUGCUGCUGCUGCUGUGGCCGCGGCGCUGCUCCCGGGACUCGCGUCUCCUCCCGUGAGGAGGCAGGCAGGGGUGGCCGGGGGCGCAGCUGCUGCAGCUGCUGCUGCUGCUGCAGCCGCUCCUCAGCUGCUGCUGCCGCGGCUCGGUCGGGCGCCCGCUUGCCCAGAAGCCACAGCAGCAGGCGCUGCAGCAGCAGCAGCAGCAGCAGCAAGCAGCAGGUGGGUGUCUUUCUGCAGCAGCAGCCGGAGUGUUUCCCCAGGGCUUUCGCGGCAGCAAAGUGCCCCGUGCCUGGGCCGAAGGCGGCACGGGCGCAGCAGCAGCAGCAGCAGCAGCAGCAGCUCCCGCAGCACCGGCAGCAGCAAGGACUGCAGCAGAGAAGGGGGACGCAGCAGCAAUUCUCAGAACGCGUGGCUGCCCCCUGCUGCAGCCUUCUGCUGCAUGCAAGCUGCAGCAAAGCCCCGGGAAGGUGCGGAGCUGCUGCGCCUGGGGGAAGCAGCGGAGAGCCGCGGGCAGCUGCAGCAGCAGCAGCAGCAGCAGCAGCAGCAGCAGCAGGGCCAGCAGCAGCAAGAACAGGAAUAG